AUGGUCACAGCUAAUAGGAAAGACGGGCCGGACGAUGUUUUGCCUACUCAUUUGGAGACUGGUAAGGAAUUGUGGGCUACGGUGGCUCAAAGGGCCAGUGUUGACGUCAUUCCCUCUGCAGCGCCUCAGCGACUGAAGGCCAAGAGUAUGCCAGCGACAAAAAACGAAGAGGGCCCUCGGACAGUUUGCCCGAAUGCACACUAG